AUGGAAGUCAAUGGUGAACCAGAUAUAGCUGGUAUUUUAAGCGCGGCUUUAAUGCCAUUGAAAGAUAUGAAACAUGCAGAUAUUUUGGACCAGUAUGAAAUGAACAUGGCUGAUGGAAAUAUAACACCUGACGUUCUAGAACAUUUAUCUCAAAGAACUACACAGAACCAUAGAGAUGGUAUAUUUGGUGAAGAGUUUAGAAAGAAAGUUAGGGAGAGCGAAGGAAGAGAACCUAUUGUACAUGACCUUGCAAACGAAAGUUUACAAAAUGUCAUAAAAACUUACUUUGCAGACAAUGAACCGAGAAGGGAUGAAUAUUUAAGAAAACUCAAAUGGACAGUACCAAAUGAAAUGUUAGUAUUGAAAAACAUGUUCCUUGACAAAAUAAAACCAACUACAGAAAUAAACGACGCAAGACUGAAAGAUUGGGUAAAAGCUUUCCCAUUCACAAAAGAUAUAGUUGGUAACAUGGAAAGAAAACCAGAAUGGCUACAAAAACAUAUAUUUGGAAACGAGCUUAUUCCAUAUGGACAGGCACUGUUUGAAGAGCUUGAACCGGAAACUCAGGAAAGAGUCAUGCAAACAAUACGCAAAGACUCAAAUACAAACUAUGACAAACUCUUUCUAGGAUAUAGGUUACCUGAGAUGGGCGACCAGAGCCAAAAGGCAAAAAGGACAUGGGAAAUUUGCAACAUACUAGAUGAACAUAAUGCAAAGAUGCAACAACUUCAAGCAGAGGGCAAUGAAGGAAAAAGAAGAGUUAAAAACUCAGUCAGGAAGAAAGUAAAGCUUGGUCCACGUGGGUUCUAUUAUGACAUAUAA